UGAGUUUGCGUGGAAAUUUUGGAAGGUAAUUUGGGAGAAUAAAUGUGAGUAUUCCAUCGGGCCUGGAAGACAAAAGGGAGGAGGAAGAACUAUCCGAUCCGAGCAUGGAAGAAUUUGACAAGAAGGUAUCAAUCACAGACCCAAUGGAAGACGAAAGUGUGGCAUCUAAAACAAAAACCGUCGGUUUGCUCCGCGAGUUCCUCGGAAUUCAGCAGCGGAGGGCGGAGGCCUACGCCAAGCUGAAACGAGGGUUUGGGGAGUAUAUAGAGUCGUCGCCGCCGUCGUCGGGAGUAGAUGCGGAGUUGGCGUACCAGCAAGUUUGCAGUGAGGUGACGCUCGAAUUCAACGAGUGCUCGAAGCAAGUUCUUCGGAUCGAAUCGCUGUUCCUCAACGAUCCCGAUUUCUCCCGGAUUGAUUUAGCCCAUCUCCUCAGAGCUGUUCAGACCCACGAGAAGCAGAAACUGAAUUUGACGGUGACAAUUCAGGUGUUGAAGAGGGCUGGUAGACCCUCAGAGCGUCUGGUGAGUCAUGAAAAUUGCAGAUUUAACAGACCAAUGGAGCAUGAGUGCGUGCAUCUCCACGAGAUAACAGAAGCUGCCGGAACUGAAGAAGCAGAAGCGAAUGCCCAGUAUGAUAAUGAUCUCAAGGAGGCCAUUAGAGGGGUGCAGGAUGCUGUGACCGCUAUAAAUGAGCAUUUGGAAGAAGUCAGAUAUGAAAUUGCUGCCCUUGAAACCGAGUAGUGGAAACUCACAUGUUUCAUCAUGUAGGUAAUGGGAAGAAACGUAGCAGUUACUUAUGUUCCAAGAAUUGAGCUAUCAUAGCACAAAAGACCAACGUUCUUUGCAAUUGCAUGUAUGCAAAACACCACUUUUGUAUCGGGAAACAGUGGAGGAGUGGAUGUUGGUCGUACCAUUGAUAUUUUGUGUUCAACUUAUAAACAAUCUAAUUUCUCUUUUACUUGGUUCAUUGCUUAGCUAACCUCUUUCUUCACAUUAUUUAUAGACCUAUGUGUCGACCUGUCCGCUAAA